AUGGCUGCUACCGAUCCCUCCACCUAUAAGUUGAACCACACUAUGAUCCGGGUCAAGGACCCAAAGCGAUCAGUGGACUUCUACAAGUUCCUCGGUAUGAGCUUGAUUAAGAAGAUGGACUACCCAGAAUGGAAGUUCUGCAACUACUUCCUCACCUACGACGGUCCCAAGUCUCUCCAGGGGGAAACCCAUUUCACCGACCGCAAUGCGAACAUCGAACUCACCCAUAACUAUGGCACCGAGCUCGAUCCCAACUACAGUGUCGUCAAUGGCAACACGGAGCCCCAUCGCGGUUUCGGCCAUCUCUGUAUCUCGGUCGACAACAUUGAGGCCGCUUGCAAGCGCAUCGAGGAUGCCGGCUACCUGUUCCAGAAGAAGUUGACGGAAGGUCGCAUGCGACACAUUGCUUUCGCGAAAGACCCUGAUGGAUAUUGGGUGGAGAUCAUUCGUCGCGGUGAUGAGGAUCUGGGCCCCACCACAGACCCAUCCAGCUAUCGCCUCAACCACACCAUGAUCCGUGUCAAGGAUGCCGAGGCUAGUCUGAAGUACUACCAGGAGUCUCUUGGAAUGAAGCUUGUUCGCACAAUCGAAAACCCAGAGAACAAAUUUAACCUGUACUUCCUGGCCUACCCUGGCUCCAACCCCCCAAUCAAAGAAGGUGUCAAGAACGCCGUCGCUGAGUGGGAGGGUCUGCUCGAGUUGACCUGGAACUACGGCACUGAGAAGCAGGAAGGACCCGUAUACCAUAACGGAAACGCGGAACCUCAGGGAUUCGGCCACAUCUGUAUCACCGUAGACGAUCUCCAGGCUGCUUGCGAACGUUUCGAGUCACUUGAUCUAGCUUGGAAGAAGCGCCUGACCGAUGGCCGAAUGCAUAAUGUUGCAUUCCUGCUUGACCCCGAUGGAUACUGGGUUGAGGUUAUCCAGAACGAGCGCAUCAAGCCCAGCGCUAACUGCGCGACUCAAGUGCGUCAACCGCCGACCCCACAUUUGGCUGAACUCGGCGGGAUCCCGAAACCUGGAGGCGAAGUCGCCUCCGAGAAAAACUUCACAACCAUGUCGCCCGAUUCUGAGAAGCCGAAGAAGGCGCCGAGAAAACAUGUAACAACGGCCUGUGUUCCUUGUCGAGAGAGCAAGAUCAGGUGUGACGGGUCGAUCCCCCAUUGCCAGAAUUGUCAACGCAAGGGCAAGGAAUGCAAGUAUCAACAUGGGGAUGAUAAGCGGAAAGUAUCUCUUCGAGCGGCCACCGAGCUAUUCUCGGCUCGAAUUGAUCAACUAUGUCAGUUCAUCUACGAUCAAGGGCUGCAACCUCCACCUAUGGAACCGGAGGAUGAAGCUGGAAUGAACCGAGUGUUAGACACUCUUCAAAUCGCUCGUGGAUUUGCCCAAGGAGGUGCGACCUUGGAAGACCAUGAGGAUUCCGAGACUAAACCAAAUCUACCGAUUACUUCGGUUGAGUCUCCAAGGCAAAGCCCACCAGUAAUCGCUCCAAAGGAGCAUCAGGUACAGCCAGUAAUGGAUUCAGCCACUCCGGAAUCGAAUUCCUCAACGGGAUUAUUAUCUACUCAGCAGCUAGCAUCAUCUAUAGGGCCUUGGAACCCAUUCGGUAUGGUGCAAGGCGCGAAUGAUAGCCAAAACUUCAUGCAUUGGGGCUUCACGCUUCCAACGGCAGAAAGCUUGGAUACCAUCUAUGCUAAUAUCAACGGAAGACCGGGAACGAAUGUCAACCCAGAUUUAAGUCCUGAUAAUCUUCAAAUUGGCAUGGAUAUGGCACAGCAAUCUGGCGUUUUACUUGGCCAGGCGCCAGGUGAACAGCAUGAAGAUUCCGAUAGCGAUGAAGACAAUGAGGCCGAGAAUGAUGUUAUCGAGCAACUCUCGCAUCGAAUCGGAACACUCAAAGUUGCAGGGGAUGGUCAUUUACGAUUUUAUGGCGCUACCUCCAAUCUUAAUUUGGUGGAUGUGUCUGCAACGCAACAGCGCCAAAGGCCUGAUGCACGCACUGUACGCCAUGAUGGUCAGGAUAUACUGAAUCACCUUCGAGUUGGCCAACCUGUUGACCAGGCUUUGGAGGACCAUUUGGUUGAGUUAUAUUUCACGUGGCAGAACCCUAGCAUUUACGUCGUAGACAAGGAGAUGUACAUGACAGCACGUUCUGAUUGGCGAAACAAAUAUGACGAUACACCGUUUUACUCGGAGGUUCUCACCAAUGCCAUGUGUGCCAUUGGAAGUGCUUUUGAGGCUCGAUACCACCCUACAUUUAUCACUUUCCCUAAAUCGCUGGCUGAAUUCUUCGCGGAUCGUGCCAAAGCUCUUUUGGAAAUCGAGCUGGAUUCCCCUUGUGUUGCGACUGUUCAAGCCCUUGUGCUACUCAGCUGCCACGAAGGAGCAUCGAAUCGCGAUGCGCGGGGCUGGCUUUAUAGUGGAAUGUCUAUGCGUCUAGCCUUUGAUCUUGGGCUCCAUAUUGAUAUGACUCAAUAUGUGAACAAAGGAGAGAUCAGUCCACAUGAAGCUGAUGUACGGCGUGCGACAUUCUGGGGAAGUUAUGUAGCAGAUCAUUUCUGGGGAUUUUAUCUUGGCCGACCAUUCCGCAUGAAUGCCGGGGACGUCAAUGUGCCAAAACCUGCUUCAAGCCUCGGGCCGGAGCGGGAGGCCAUUUGGUAUCCAUAUGGACUUCAGGACAAGGAACAUGCAAGUGGGCUCAGAAAUCCCACAGAACUAAUCUGCAGGCAAUUCGUCGUUUUAUGGGAGAUGAUUUCCCCCGUGGGCCAUAUUUUAUACGGAUGCUCUGAUAUAUCUCGUCACGAUCUACAACGACUUUGCUUCCAAGUAACCGAAGACUUGUUUGCGUGGAAGGCUAACCUGCCCUCUAAUCUUGAGAUAAAUCCCGAGGACGAUACUACGCCUAUACUACCUCAUUUAUUAAUUCUUCACAUGCAAUAUCACCAAAUCAUCAUUUUCUUUCAUCGACCUUGGGUUUCCAAGAGCUAUAUCCAACCUCGCGCUCCCCGUCAGGGACCAGGCUACCACCAUGCCCGACGCAUGUGCAUCGAUUCCGCUACAGCUAUAGCACGACUCCUCCAUAUAUACGAGAAACACUAUACCUUCAGACGAAUGACCAACCAGUCCGUGGCAAUCAUCUUCAGCGCCGCCUUGAUGUUACUCUUCGUCACAGUCUCCAGCUCCGCAUUAGUACCAUCCAAAGCAGGCGAGGUGACCCAGGCUCACCCCCGAAAUGCCGAAAUGGUCGCAUAUCUCAACCUCUGUUUCCGUGCCCUGGACGAACUAGGCCAAUCAUUCGAAAAUGCCAAACGAACACGCGACUACCUCGUUACCCUUCAAAGACGCUGGCAAACUCAAAUGCGUCGAUCUGGCCCCCGCGCAAAGCGACAAAUGAGCUCUGCCAACCUCUUAUCCAACACUUCACGGCAGAGACAUCCCCCUAAUACUGCCCCUGUUUCAACAGAGCAGUCAGGUAAUAUACCGUCGGGCUCAGCUGGGGCGGAGGCUCCACGCAAGAAAUCAAGAGUCGUUGCCUCCAAUACAACCACUCACAAUACCGGGCAAAAUUCGACUACUACUUCCAAUAACCCUAUUACUGCGCCUUUUUCCAUCGAUAACUCGUACCAAUCUUCACAAUCACAUCAUCCUACAUUUCAGCAGAACCAACAGCAAGCCUCUUACGCGCAGCAAAAUUUCACAGCGCAAGAUGCCGCCAAUUUCGAUUGGAUUCGCACAUCCGAUUUGAACAUGCUUGCUGGAGCUCAAGGGCAUAGUACCGACCCAAAUUCCCUAGGUAGUAUAUCUAAUCCGCAAUUUUCUGAUGAGACAGGCAUGCUUCCUGAUUUGGGUGACAUGGAGGGGUGGUGGGGAUCACCGAAUGGGAAUGCAGGGCUAGGAGGUCCGAACCUGUAA